UGUCAAAUAUCCAGCUGUCGUCGAGUCGGAAUUUUUUGUUGCUUGUUUACUCAACAAUCUUUGCAAUUUUCAGCUGUGUAUUUGUGUUGUGAUUUUGUAAAAGUUAUAUUGUCCGAAAAUUGCAAAUGCUGUUCACUCCGUUGGUCCUUUAAUCAUACCCUUAAUACUAAUAAAAAAAUAUUUUUAAGUGAGAAAUGUCAAAUUGGAAUACUAUUUGUCGUAUAUGUUCCAGUCCUGCUGAAUACGAGAUUUUCGAGAAGAUACCAGCGUAUUUACAUGCCAGCUCAAAUGAGUUCCUAAAUUGGCAGAAAACAAUAAACGUCCUGUUGGAGGAAACAACAGGACUAAAGUGUUCUGAAAAUGAUGGUUUGCCAAAUAAGAUCUGUGCACUUUGCAUUUCCUACCUAAAACAUGCAGUAUCUUUUCGUGAACAAUGUGUUAACAACUCUUUGACUUUGAAAGCCGUUUACUUGCUGCAGCAACCAAACCAAAAGAACAGCGCAAGCAAAAGAAAUAUUGAUAAAGAUAGUCUAUUAAUUACUGCGCAAGAACUGAAUUUUACAAAUGAACGUCAAGUAGACACUAAUCUACUUAACAAUAAUUAUUCGCAAGAUCAGAAUAAAGUGUGUAAACAAUUGCUAAAUAACAACUUUCAAGCGAAUGCUCCCACUCAACAAAAUAUCGAACAACAGUUACGAUAUCUGAAUUUGCUCUUCAAUAAAGACACUAACGCCGGUCUGCAAACGUAUAAACGCAGAAAGGAUAGUUCAGCAUUGGAUUUUGAAAAUACCAUUGCAAGCGGUGGUGAUCGCUAUGCCGAAGAAGACUUUCAAACAGCCACAUCGAGCGAUGAAAACGACGUGACCGUAAUCGCGCAGAAGCACAACAUUUUUUCAUACAAAGAAAAGAAUUUCGAAGAAGAUGAUAUUAUGGAUAUAGACGAGCUACGUGAUGCUAUUACAAUCAACAUACCGGAAAGUUGUAAGGAACGCAAAUGUCGUGCAUGUUUCCGUCGCUUUAUGUUUGAAGAUUCGUAUAAUGAGCACAUGAGCACAUGUAUCGAAUAUAAAUUCCUCACAUAUAUCGAGGAAAUUAAUAGACUGUUGGAUAUCCGCCGCAGUAAGGCUAUUUCGCCACAUGAAUUUGUGCGACGCAUGAUUUUCUGCAUCCGCAAGACUUGCGAGUGGCUGAAGAAAGCGAAUUGUGGUGACAUGUUGCUCCCCGAUUUAGUACAGAAUGGAAGCAACGCGGAAGAGAAAAGCAAAUGCCGUUUAGAAAGCGAAUGCAAAAGCUCUGCCGCAUCGUCAGGCGAUCAGAAGCAAACAACUGCACAGGUAGCAUACAAUGAAAAAUCUCGUAAGCGCUAUGAUUUAGCUAAACAUAAUAAAAUGACUGAUUUACAAACUAAAACCAACUCCAAUGCACACGAUAAAAAUCUUACAACUAAUGAUGUAAUUACCGGCGGUAAGAUAUUUGAAAGCCAAAAGAUAGUACGCAGCAAUGCCACCACACCAAUAACAAUAAAUAACAACGUUUUAUACGAAAUAGAGCGGUCUCAAAAUAUUUUACCCAAUUUAGAUCUCGAACUGGACCCAGAUGUUAAAAAACCCAUUGCUUUAUUGGCUCUUAAAAGCACCACACCAAUUACUGCCACCUUUAAUUGUAGUGCUCGUGCCGAUAAUGUUGUGAGUGCACUGAAAGAUACAGCCGAACGCUUAACAUUCCUUCAGAAACUGCAACAGGCUGCCAGUCAACAGUCGCCAACAUCUGGAAAUUCCACACGUGGCACAGAACCAGGCACACUUUUAAUAAAUGUACGUAAAGACUUAUUACCCCUAACGCCACCCAGCAAGCAACAUGCAACAUCACCAGCCGCAGUUACGCCAAAAACCAUUCCCCUAACUCCAUUGCGUCGUAAUGUUAGCUUUAGUGCACGUUGCAAUCCAUGUAAUUUACUAUUUGAGACACUCGCCGCACUCGAAAUUCACAAUGCAAUGUAUCACAAUCAUAUGCCAAUACAACCAAUCAAACCAACGGAGGAGGCACAGCUGAAGGAUAUUGAAAGAGAGGUCGAACACAAACGUAUUAUUGCAUUGUUUGAAGAUGAAGAUGACGAAGAUGAUUUAAACGCAAUAUAGCGUAAUUGCAUACAUAUAAGAUGAAAUAUCUGUUACGUAUUAAUUUGCCCCUAAUUUAUAAGCCGAAAUUACAAACUCUUACUAUCUGUUUAUAUAUAAUAUGCUUUAUUUUAUAUUCGUUUUCAUUUUUUUGAACCUAUGACAAACUGUAACUUGACUUAUGUUAAACUUAUGACAUAUGUAUUCAUUUUCUCAAUUAUGAGAGUUACAAAAAUGAAACUUCUCUAUUUGUAUUGAUUACUUUGUGAUAUAGCGUCUGAUGAAAGUUCAUCUUUAACUUGUACACAAAAAUCAUUUUAAUUAAGAUAAUAGAGCCAAUCUUUCCAACAUUUUAUUUAUUAUUUAUGUACUAUUGUAUAUAUAAACAAAUAUCAUUUUAAUGCAUCAAUAUUAUUGUAUUAGUCGCCAUAACUUCAAGAAAAUAUACUUUAAAAAAUUCAGUCCAACUCGCGACCCAA